AUGGCAACAUUAGAUAUCUCCAAUACUUUUCAAACAGCUGUAUCACUAUCAGCCCAACAAUUGUUAAACAAAAAGUUUUGGUCUAAUAGAAUUGGACAUACUACAGUUUUUGAGCGAAUAUAUUUCACAUAUAUUGCACUUUCUGAUGUAUAUACAUUAAUUUCAAACAAGAAUAAUGAACACAUUAAAGAUUUGGAGUAUAUUCUGCCAAUCGAGAAAGCAAAGGCUUAUGUUCAAUCAUUUUUAGAGGCUACAGCAAAUCCAGCAGAGAUUCAAGUGCAAUCGGUGAUCGAUAAUUUCGUAAACAACAAGUUAACCAUGAAAUUGGGAACUUUGUUAAACCACGAAGUAUAUCGAUCCUAUCUUCAAGAGCAGGUUCUUUACACCCAGAUUUUGCAAAGCUUGAUCAACUUGGAUAUCUACAUAAAAGAGGAAACACACAAAGCCGAUCCAGAAGGUACCUAUUUGUUGAUCAACACCAAAGAGGAAAACGAUCCAGAAGGAAAAGGUCCAACCGAUGAAAUCAAUUCACUUCUUUCAAUUAGAAGAUUACAUACACAUAUACUAUCAGUUCUUACUGUUAAUUAUGUAAAAGUACCUGAAUCGAUUGUUAAAAAAGUUGUAGAAUACAGUGAGAAUGAAGCUAUAUCGUUUGGUAUGAAACGAUACUUGGCAAGAGUAGUAGGUGGUUUCUCUGAUAGAAGAGAGAACUGUAAGACCAUUUUGAAAUCGAAUGGAUUGCCACUUCUAAAGUAUAAUUCAGAGACUGACAAACUCCGUAAGGUUAUCAAAGGCAUCGGAUUCAGUUCCUACCAAAACUACAUCAACAAUCUCAGCGAAAUCGAUCAAUCGUUCGUACACAGAGAAAUAAGAAAGGUAAGAUUGCAAUCGAUUUUGACCAAAGUAUGUGGUACUGCAACUCUAUUCUAUUUCUCAAAAUAUAUGACAGAGAAUAAAUUGACAGCAACUGCUAUCACCAGUUAUUAUUUUGCAAUUCGUUACACCUUCAUUGGUAAAGAUUUACCUAUUUUGAAUAUCAUUGGUAAAGAUUUACCUAUUUUGAAUACUGUUCAUGCAGCUAUUAAGAUUUUGUUAAUUCCAGACUGGUUGACACAUUCUGUUUUCAAUCACUUCAAUCAUAGAAUCUGGAAAUAUAUUUGGAGCAAUUUUUUUUAA